GAAAAAAAAGAAGAAGAAAAGAAACAAGUUUCGUGAUUGGAUUUAGAAAGAGGAAGCAACAGGGGGGAUGGUGAGGAUGGUGAGAAGCUGCUUACAGUCGAUGCUGAAGCUGGUGAAUUCCCUUCUUGGCAUGGUUGGGGUCGCCGUGAUCCUCUACGCUGUUUGGCUCAUCAGGCAAUGGCAACAACAAACUGGAUCUCUCCCUUUCUCUCACCCUCUUCCUUGGUUCAUUUCUGCUUUUCUUUGUCUCGGGGCUCUUCUCUGUCUUGUCACUUGCGCUGGCCACAUCGCUGCUGAAACCGUUAAUGGUUGCUGUCUUUAUUUUUAUAUGGGAUUCAUCGUCUUGCUUAUUAUGGUUGAAGGUGGUGUCAUCGCCGAUACCUUUCUAAACCCUGACUGGAAACAGGACUUUCCAGAGGAUCCAACUGGUGCCUUCUACCGUUUCUCCAAGUUCGUCGAGUCUAACUAUAAGAUUUGCAGAUGGAUUGGUCUCUCCAUUGUCUCUGUCCAGGGUGCAUCAGUUCUAUUGGCCAUGUUGCUCAAAGCUCUUGGGCCUCACCGGCAUUAUGACAGUGACGAUGAGUAUGAUGUGAGCACGGUUGCACUCCUCCGGGAUGCUCGCCAGCCUCAUCCAUACGUUGUUGGAGAACCUAUUUAUGGACCCAAACCGGAUUCGUGGACUGUUAGGAUUAAUGAAAGAGCCAACCGGUAAAACAGGUGUAGACCAAGACAAGCACCAAGCAACAUAGCCAAGACUCACCUCUUUCAAUAUAUUACCAUUACUCUUGUAAAAAAAAAAUUGCAUACACAUAUACACACACUCUCAUAUGCAUUUUAAAAACUACAAUGUGUGAUCAGUUCGGUUCCAACCCUCUGUAUCUCAUGUUAUGCCCUUCCACAAGCAUCAAUGUCCACUCUUCAUGAACAUCGCUAGAAAUUUUGUGAUUUGUCCUGUCGAUACCGGUUCUGUACCAACUGGUUUACAACAGAACUAUUCGGGAUUUCUUGGCCCUGCCUAUAAUUUUUAUUUAUCUUGUUCCAAGUC